GGUCCGUUAGCCAGCGGGAGCUCAGUUUGGAAGAGUUCGUCCAAGAUGCUAACUCAUUUUUUUUGGUGCCGUGUCUUUAUUUUUAGUAAAAGUCACAAACAUCCAAUAGUUGCGUCGAAAUAAAACAUUCCAACGUUUAGCUUCAUAAAGUGUUUUUUCAUCUCAUUAGGUUAAUGAUACGCUGGGUUUAUUUGACAAGCUGACGGCUUGACUGUUGCGCACCGGAGCUUUUUUCGUGGAUCACAACAAAAGGAUUUUUGAUAACAAGCUGGCAGCUAGCUGACUGAAGCUAACGUUAGCUGACCGAGCUAGAUGAUGACUUCUCCAUGAAUUGCCUCUGGUCUCCUCGGCCACGUUAACUUUAGUUGUUCGCUUCUCGUUUUUAGACUAUUGGAUGUAUUUCGCUGUUCAACACGCAGCAGGCUAACGCUAGUUAACUUAUUGUUGUGAUUUGAAGCAGGCCCCCCCCCACAUACACACACACCAGGUGUCCAUCUCUUUUGACUAUACCCAGCUAGCACUGGCUUCCACCCUGUGGCUCACUGGUCACUAGAGGGGGCCCCCACAGUCAGAGCAAGGGCCCAAAACUCUAGCUCUAGGUCCCCCUCUGUCUGUGUGUGUGUGUGAGAGAGAGAGAGAGCGCUUGCGUUGAGUCCUUACGGAGACUUGACUCGGCUUGUCCAAGCUAAGAUGUCCUCUAUCUUGCCGUUCACCCCUCCUGUGGUGAAGAGGCUGCUGGGCUGGAAGAAGUCGACCAGCGGCCCGGGCGGAGCGGGCGGCGGGGAGCAGAACGGGCAAGAGGAGAAGUGGUGUGAGAAGGCUGUGAAGAGCUUAGUGAAGAAGCUGAAGAAGACAGGCCAGCUAGAUGAGCUGGAGAAAGCUAUCACCACACAGAACUGCAACACCAAGUGUGUCACCAUCCCCAGCAAUUGCUCUGAAAUAUGGGGACUGAGUACACCAAAUACGAUAGAACAGUGGGAUACAUCAGGCCUAUACAGCUACCCUGACCAAACCAGAUCACUGGAUGGCCGUCUGCAGGUCUCCCACAGGAAGGGGCUUCCCCAUGUUAUCUACUGCCGUUUGUGGCGAUGGCCAGACCUCCAUAGCCACCACGAGCUGCGUGCCAUCGAGGCCUGUGAGUAUGCCUUCCACCUAAAAAAGGAUGAGGUCUGCAUCAACCCCUACCACUACCAGAGGGUGGAGACCCCAGUGCUGCCUCCUGUUCUUGUGCCAAGACACUCAGAUAUCCUGCCAGAGCUGCCACCUCUGGAUGACUACACUCAUUCCAUACCCGAGAACACAAACUUUCCCGCAGGAAUCGAACCUCCAAACAACUAUAUACCAGAAACGCCUCCACCAGGCUACAUCAGCGAGGAUGGGGAGGCAAGCGAUCAACAGAUGAAUCAAAGUAUGGACACAGGUUCUCCAGCAGAGCUCUCCCCCAGCACUCUCUCUCCUGUCAAUCACAGCAUGGACCUGCAGCCGGUGACUUACUCGGAGCCAGCCUUCUGGUGCUCUAUAGCCUACUAUGAGCUGAACCAGCGCGUGGGGGAGACGUUCCACGCCUCUCAGCCCUCGCUGACAGUGGACGGAUUCACAGAUCCAUCAAACUCGGAGCGUUUCUGCCUGGGCCUGUUGUCUAAUGUCAACAGGAACGCCACUGUGGAGAUGACGCGAAGGCACAUAGGAAGAGGAGUUAGACUGUACUACAUUGGAGGGGAGGUAUUUGCUGAGUGCCUGAGUGAUAGUGCCAUCUUUGUCCAGAGUCCAAACUGCAACCAGCGGUAUGGCUGGCAUCCAGCAACAGUGUGUAAAAUUCCUCCAGGUUGUAAUCUAAAAAUAUUCAACAACCAGGAAUUUGCAGCCUUGCUGGCUCAGUCGGUCAACCAGGGCUUUGAAGCUGUCUACCAGCUCACCAGGAUGUGCACCAUCCGCAUGAGCUUUGUCAAAGGCUGGGGAGCAGAGUACAGGCGACAGACUGUCACAAGCACUCCUUGCUGGAUCGAGCUGCAUUUGAACGGUCCCUUGCAGUGGCUGGACAAGGUUCUGACCCAGAUGGGUUCCCCUUCUGCACGCUGCUCCAGUAUGUCCUAAACAGCUAAAGGAAACGCCCCCAAAAAAUCGCAACCCAUUACAUGAUCAUUAAAUUCUAAACUUGUGAGUCCUUUCAUGAAAAAAAAAAAUGGAAACCCCACAGAAUGAAUUUUCUGUAACAUUCUUCAUAGUAUUUGUGGCCCAGUUCCACAUCCCUCUUUUAACUGUACACACACAAAAGAACAAAUGCACUCACUCACACACAGAUGCACACACACACACACACACACACACAUACAGACUUUUCAGUAAAGAAUUUGGCACUUUGUUACCCAUCUAUGUGAUGCACCUUGUUAAAUUGCUUUUCCCCAAAUCCUUAAUAUUAGAUCUAUUUGUGGUACAAAUAAAAUGUAUAUUGGUUUUUAGUCCAGGAAGUAGGGGAAAUACCAAAAAUAUCUGUGAAUAGUUUCUCAGUAUUGAAGAUUGCUUGUAUGAAUAACACGAGUUUGAAUGCUAAAUUGAUUUUUAGUUCCAGCCCACCCCAACCAUUGUUCUGAACCUAAGUUUACUUUUCUCUGGGAAACUUGGCCCCAUCUUUUUUUUUUUAGGGGGAGGAGGCUCAGUGAAGAGACGAUGGUCUUGGUGGCCUUUCUUCUCUGAAGGAAACGCCACAAUGUGUUUAUGAAAUUUGAUUGAAUUGACAUUGUAACGCUCGACAUGUGUCGUUAUAAGACACACUUCGUAAUGGACAAAUAGUAAUAGUAAUUCAAAACUACCCAAACAAACUGCAUGCUCGAUCUGGCUGUAGUUUAUUUCUUUGUCAUUAUAUGGCACUCUACGUGUCCUUGGUUUGGUUGAUUUACAUCCCCACUGAACAGCCUGGUUAUGGAAGCUAACAGCCAGGCCAUGCAAGGUGCACUGGGCAGGGACCAGAGAAUAUCAGCAGUUAUCAAAAGCUUUUUUUUUCUCUCUCUCUCUUUUGACACGACACUGGGAGUCCUGGGGCUCUCCGAGGUGAAGCAUUAAACAUCUCACCAGGAGAAAUUGAAGGUUUCAAUGAAUUCAUUGUGUUUUUAGCCUAUAUCCCCAUUGUUUUGCUACUUUUUUGUAUUCUCAUGUAUUUUUAUAUAUAAAUAUACUUAAAAUUUUCUGUCGUUCACUUUUUAUUAAAGUAAUAUUUUCAAGACCACAGCUGUUUCUAAAGUGACAUGGAGGGCAUUGAUCAUUCCUUCGUUUGACCCAAAAGGUUCCACAUGACGUGUAGCCUCUUUCUAUCCUUUUGUUUUUCCAAAGAAAUCUGGUGCAUUUAAAGUACACAAAACAACAGAUUUGCCUGACACCCCAAAUCUACUUUCCUGUCAUGGAUUUAAUGAUUCCAGAGGCAUGUAAAACUUUGUAAUGGCCAUUCAUACGUUCAUCUCUUGACUCUUGACUUUUUGUUUUGUUUUGUUUUUUGAACAACACACGUGACCUCUUGUAGCCUUUUGGUGCUUAGUCAAGCGGGUUAAGGUCAACAAGAUAUAAUUGGCUUUUUCAAAUGUUACAGAAACAUGGAGGGAGAGCCUUUUCUUCCAUGUGAGAAGAGCGAAUGUGCCUGCACACUGGGACAUUCUGUGUUAAUGUGUGUAUUGUAUUUGUUCUGUCUAUAAAAUACAGUAUGUACAACAAGAUUUACUAGCUUAAACUCUGCCAUUAUUGUCAUUACGUGGCUGUUGCGAGUUUAACAUGUCCCCCCCCUCCCUUCUUUUUGAUGUAAAUGUGUUUACCAUAUGGCACUAGUGAUUGUACUUUAAGUGCACCUAGUGAAGUUUGGAUUUGGGGAACUGAACCAUGUGUUAGGGUCCCGUGUUACAACAACAACAACAUAUGAAUGUGAAAAAAUACAUGACACAAACUGACGUGGACCAGACGUACAUAUACAUAACAGUAGUACAGUGUGUGUAUUUAACAGUAAUCUUUUUUGCAAAGCAGUCAGUACAGUAGAUGUCGCAGUUGUUUUACCAGUAGAGGGCGGUAUUGAUAGAGCAGUUCUUUUUUUUUUUUCCUUCUUUUUUUGUUUGUUUCUUUUUUUUCUGACCAUAAGCUUCUCAGGCGUGUGGCAUAUUAUGCAGACUUCAUAAAACACUAAUAAAGAUUUUUAUUCUCAUGA